GUCAAUGAGUAAAGGUCUUGUCGUAUGGUGUUGCUUUAUUUUAUGGAUUUUCGUAAAUAACGCAAAAUGCCAGGAUUUAAAAGAAAUGUCUAAAACAUUAGACGAAAUGCUCAUCAACACUAGAUCAUUUCGAAGGCCUCGAGAUCAUGAAGAUACUUCGAUAAUUUGGCAAGAAUAUGAAUUCGGUACAGGAGCAGGAAAUCGAGAAGAAAUUAUUGUGACAAAUAUUUCACUACAUACACUUACUGAUAUAACUGAAAACAUUAACAUAUCAAUAAACAAUUGGCAGUUUUUGCAAACAGAAACUAGUUACUUUAUUUAUGCCGAAAAAUCGAUGUUGAUCUUUUACAAAAUUAGUUGGGAUGAUUUGUCAAUUGAACGUACUAUAAGUGUAUCGACUGAAGGACACAUAUUACAAUUUAAAGUUCUCAAUUUUAAUAUUAAAGCUACGUUUAAUGAAAGCCACGGAAACAAUUUAAUGGCAGUUGUACUAGUUGAAACCCAGUAUGGUUGUUUUCUGUAUUGGUAUAAUAUUUUCGGAAAUACGUAUAUUUUGUAUUCGACGUGGCCUGUACAAAAACAAAUUCAAGAUAUGGAAUUUGUACAAGAAAAGAAUCAACAUGAAUUAUUGCUACUCGACAAUGAUGAUACAUAUCUCGAAGAUCAAUCAUUGAUUGAUGUUUAUGGUUUUGAUGUUGAUUAUAAUAAUCAUCGUAUCGAUAUCUGGUUUUGUCAGCGAUUAUUUAUUCCAAAAGUAUUCGAUGUUCAAGUUUGUCCAAUUUAUGGACGCACCGUGCUGGCUUUUCAAGGAAUCGAAAGUGUUAUUUUAUACGAAUCGAAACAUGAAGAUAAAUUGUGUCAGUAUAAAAAAUUGGAAAUUAUCAAAUCCAACAAACUCGCAAAUUUUGUCUGCUUUGAGAGUGGUUAUGUUGAAUACUUAGCAAUUAGUGGAGGGAAACCGCGUUUAUUUCACUUUUUUGAGAACGAAUUUCAAGAUAAUUCUGACACAAAUCUGCAUUUUGAUGAAACAAAUGAAAUUUUGUGGAUAAUUACUAUACCAUUAAACACAUAUCGGGAUGAAUCUUUGUUACUAGUUCAAUUAAAAAAUUCAACAAUAAUCGCUUUAGCUUGGCAUGGAUCAAAGUUUAAAGUUGUGCCUUUACCCAAUCAGAUUAUAAAUAACUUUGAUCUAUCAAAAAUUGUCGUUAUUCCAAACGUUGGAUUUGCACAUGUAAACGUGCUUGUAACUAUAGAAGUGACGUUAACUGAAUCAGCGCAUCCUAUUCACGAUGAGACGGAAAGCGUAUUAAAGACACAAGCUUUAUUGAAGGAAAUUUUUCGAAAACAAGAAGCUAUCUUUGAUGAGGCUGAUACGCAAUUCAGUCAAAGUUACUUUAAGAAUGUGAUAACAGGAUUUUGGAAUCUUUCAAAAGUAAAUGUAUCGAACGCUAUACUUGAAGGUCAUGUACAUUAUGGUGCUGUCAAAGUUGGUUCGAUCAAUUUGAAAAUAGAAGACAUAUUGAUAAACGUGACAUCAAAUAUAGAGAAAUUAGAAGAAUUAGAAACAAAGCUUGAUCAAAUGUUAUCAGAUUUGAAAAGUAUGACUAAUUCAACAAAAAUUACUUUACCGCCAGAUGUUGAAUUAAACGGAGAUUUUUCGGUGAAUGGUACACUAUAUACGAAAAAUAUAAUUGCGGCUUUUAUUAAUAACGCAUCAACUUCAAUCAUAGAAAACAGUAUUGCAAAUCGCAUCAACGUUCAGAAAUCUGUUUCGUCUAUUGACACUAAUAAUUUAACGAUUUUCUCUUUAAAUGGCAUACCGCUGGAGAAAAUCAUGUUCGAUUUUCAAAUAAAAAAUUAUAGUGACGUAAAUUUUUCAAUAUUAAAGAGAUUAAAAAUUGAUGGGCACUUGAAUUUUUCCGUAAUAAAUAAUAUCAAAUGGAAGGAGCAGAUACAAAAUAUAGUUUGGAAAGAUGAAUCGACAAUUAUUUCUGGAGAGACAAUUGCGGAAAGGCUUGUCGCCGAAAAAGCUAAUGUCAAAAAUCUGAAUUAUUUGCAAUAUCCAAGAAAUUACGUUCUAAUGAAUGGACUAAAUAAAUUUUCUGUCAAUGUCACGGGUGAAAAGCACUUUGUUAACUUGUCUACGAAACAUUUGUUAACCAUCAAGACAAUAAAUAAAAUUGAUAUUAAUGAUUUUGUUAUUCUCAACAGACAUGAAAUUAUUAAUGAAGAAAUUAUGUUUAAAGAUCUAGAAAUUGAUGGAAUUUUCCAGGUACGAUUAGUUAAUCGCAUUAAUGCAAGCGGCAUAGAGGAUUUGCUUAACGAAACCAAUAGGCUUUUAUCAGAUAUUAGUUUUGAAAAUCUGAUCAUUAUGGGAAAUAUUGUACUCAAAGAUUCAAUUAAUACUAAAACGUGGUCAGAUCUUGACAAUUUUUUAUUAAAAACUGAAAAAAAUGCAGUAAUUAUUGGAAAUAAAAGAUUUUGGAAUGACGUCAACGUAAAAUCUACGACAACAAUUAAAUCCAGACGAAUUAAUAAUCACAUUUUUUCAGAAUUCGUAACCUUAAAUACUAAUCAACAGUUUCCUCAUUUGACAAAAAUAUCAGCAAGUGUCAUGUUUGAAAAUGUUACUCUUGGCAUCAUGAAGAAAUUAGAGGAUUAUAUAAUCUACGAACAAACUUUUGAUACUAUAAAACAGACUAUCUCUCAAAUUACUUUCUUUGAUAAAUUAAAUAAAACUUUUCAACAAGUAUAUUUCGAGAAUUUAACGAUUUCAACAUUAAUGAUCGAUGAGAUCUUGCCUAAUACAAUCAAUAGAAUCAACUACAUUGAUUUGGUCAACCGUGUGUUAACAUCCUAUACGCAGCAGAAUCUAACAGGUGCUUUAAUAAUAGACAAAUUGGAAACUGACAUCUUGGACGCAGAAAUUAUUAACGCAAUAUCUUUGAAUACGUGGAAUUUGUUUUCAACACCCGCAAAAUUACCUUAUAAUAACAUUUUCAACGGAAAUGCAUCGAUAAAAAAUUUAGAAGUGACAGGAAUUAUAAUGGCAUCUUCAAUUAAUAACAAUAAUAUUAUUGAUAUUUACAAGGAAUAUAACAUGGCGACUGUCAUUUUCAAUACAAAUGUAUCGAUUGAAAAUUUGAAAGUAAUUGGCUUUAUAAACAAUUUGAAUCUAUCUAUGUUUAUCACUGAUGCUAUUCAGAAAGUCGAUAGAAAUAUUACAUUUAUGGAUCGCAAAACAUUGAAUAAUAUUACAUGCGAAUUUUUAAAAAUACAAUUUAUAAAUAAACAUUUUGUAAACCAUAUUUUGGAUCUAAAUGAAAAGCAGAUGCUAAAAGGGCCAAUUAUCAUAAAUGGCUCAGUCACGGUUCGAAGAAAUUUUAAUACAACUGGCAAGAUUGGAAAUUCUGUUUUUUUAAGCGAUUUCACAAAUAGGUUAAAAGAUAAGGAUAAUUCUUAUACUUUUCGUGGUAAUGUUUACUUCAUUGAGACUGCUUCUAUAACAAGAUUGAACGUAAGUGGAUCGAUUCAAGGAUCAAUGUUAAACAGUUUCUUCAAGACCAUGAUCUUUAAAAAUGAUACAAAUGUUACAAUUUUUGGACUAAAAUUAUUUAAAAAUUCAGUUACAUUUAAUAAUGCAUUUAACAUCGACGGCAGCUUAAACAAUUUAGAUUUAUAUAGAUUUUACGAAAAUGUUGUUUAUAUCAAUAAACCUUUCGCAAUUAAUACCAAAGUUACGUUCAGAGAAAAUAUUUAUCUACGAAAAAACCUCGUAGUAAAAAAUAAAUUACAAUCAUAUACCAUUAUGGAAGUUGAUAUGAAAGACUUACAGGAGAAUGUUAUUGCCCUUAAUAAACCUAAAUCUUUUCCAGCACGAAUAACACUCCACAAUGUGACUUUCCAGACAAAUAUAAAAGUCAUGCAGGUCAAUGACUUACAAAUGAAUCUGUUGAUUUUAUUAAAUAUGCGACAGUUUAUUAUGAUCGAUAAACUUAAUUGUACUAAUAUUAUUGUUAGAAACAUUCAGAUAUCAGGACAUAUUAACACCUACCAUAUAGAAGAUAUCUAUGCGGACACCUUCAUGACAUAUAGUAAUCAGAAUAUUACAGGAUAUAUAAAGAUACAAGGAAACAUUUAUGCGUACCAUAAUUUCAAUGCUCAUUUAAUCAAUAAUUUUAAACCAACGAGAAUUGUUUCUUCAAUUACAUCAUGUUUAAUAGCACUCAGGAAUUUUAUGUUCAAAACUCCAGUUAUCCUUGAUAAAAAUCUCAUGGUUUUGGGUCUUCUAAACAGAAUAAACCCAAUUAAUUGGCAAAGAGCAGUAAUGAAGACGAUGAACGAAACAAAACAGAUUAUAUCUGGAAAAUGGAGAGUGCAUGGAAAUGUCUAUUUUGAAAAGAACGUUGAUGGAAAUAAAUUUUUGAGUGAAAUUAAUAUCAUUGACACAUCAUCGAUGUUAACAAGAGAACAUCCUGAAAUAGAUCACAUUACCGAGGAAACAUAUAAGGAUUUAAAUAACGUAUGUGCAUUGCACUUGGAUAUACUCAAAUGCAAUGCUAUAAAACAGAUAUAUAAAUUUAACACGUUUGAUUAUUUAAAAAUCCAAGAAUUUGAUGGAGAUAUUCAUAACAUUCAUACUGUCGAAAUAAAUGAUAUGGAUUAUAUGUUAAUAAAUUACAACAUUUGCCAUAUAAAACUUCUAUUAUAUACUCAAAAUAAUUUUCAAGUGAUCGAUGAAGUAUCCGAUUUUGGAUUAAUUAAUCAAUGGAUGUUUUUUAAAUUAAAUCGCGUUUUAUACUUGCUUACAACCGCAAAACGAACCUGUGGUAGAAGUCUUAACAAUUUAUGGAAAUUGGAAAAUAAUACAAUGGUGCAUGUAUUAGAACUUGGUAAUGCUACAGACGUUAUGAAUUUAUAUCAAGAUGGAUUUAUAGCAAUGAUUCAAAAGAAUCUUGAAAUUGCAUCAUCUAAUAUGCAAUUGGAUAUAAAGACUCUUAUCUCGUACAAAAAUGAGACAUUAAAUUUGGUUUCAAACGAUCCUAUUGUACUAACUAAUCAAUCUCUAUCUUAUGAUUUACAAGAAAGAUCUUUAAACGAUAUACAUUUAAACGAUACACGUUUAAAAAAUUGUCUUGGUUGUGGCAACGUAUUGACUUUUAAAGUAGGUAAUAAAAAAGAAGAGUACAUCCAUUACAAUGAAGAAGUCAGCCAAGAUUAUAUAUAUUUGUGCAAAAAUGACAUUUCACAAACAAAAAUUUUGCAAACAAUAAAAGCACGUCAACCAAAAUCAUUUUUGGUUUUAAAUUUCGAUGGAUUCCUCGGAACAUUACUUAUUUUCGUAGAAAAUAAUGAUAUUAUCCAAGUGUACGAAUAUAAAGGUAUCGAAGGUUUUGUGCAUCGAAAUAUUAUACAAAUAAAAGUUGAUAAGUUAUACAACUUUAAAGUGACAAAUUUCAAUAAUUUAGGAAAGAGACAUUUUUUGGCUGCAGUUCAUAAAAACCGACUAACAAUUUUAGAGGCAAAAAUGUAUGGCAGACUUAAGAAGAACUAUCAGAUGCUGAGAUACCCCCAUCUCAUCCAGGAUCCUGCAGAAAUGGGGCCAUCUGAUAGUGUCAAACGCCUUCCGAUAAUCCACGAAGCACAGAUAGACUUAUAUAUUAAAUUCCCGUGCUUUCUCAAUGAUCUGCCUCAUAUUAAGAAUCUGUUCACGGGUGCUCUUACUCUUUACAAAACCAGCUUAUUCUGGAG